CCAGGGCUUAGCGAAGCACAGAGCAGCAGUGGAGCCAAUGUCGCACAAAGGUCACCGUCGCUCACCAGUCAUGCCUGUGCAACUCUCCGCAGUGGCUUUGCUCCUCCUGUCCCUGACUGAAAUUUUACAUGGCCAUCAAAUAAGAAAAAAAACAUUUCCAAAAAUCAGAGACUAUCUUCAGUCCACUAUAACAGCAGCAAGAGACGUCAUAGUAAAACCAGUUCCACAGCCAACUAACCAAAUACCUCAUGAAACAGCAGCAGCAAGAUCAAGGAAUGCUCACAUCACCUCACAAAAAGCCACUGAAAUCUCCAAUUCUGAGAACCCACCUCACACAACAAUAAAAAUAACAAAUAUCCCAGUAACCUCAAAAAGGCUUCUAUCCAGCAGCACAACUAUCUACUCCCUGGUCACACCUAACAACUCACACACAACUGUUCCAAUUACUGAAGUUACCAUUGGUCGUGAUUCAAUUCCACAUUCACCAGUUCCUACAACCGGAUCUAGUCCAUCCACCGUCAACCACACCACCAGGAAAACCACCCAACCUGAUGGUCAGACCACCUUUCUCAGAACUUUCUUUGUGGAUGCACAUAAAAGCACAACCUAUCAGAAGCCAACUCUACCCAUACAUAUCCCAGAAACAUCAAUAGCUGCUACACACAGUGACAGCCUAACAGCCUCACCUGCCCCCACAGUUCUUGGGCCCGCUCUUGUACCUCAGCCAGCGCCAGUCAAGAUGGGAACUUAUGAAGUUCUAAAUGGAAGCAGGCUCUGUAUAAAAGCACAGAUGGGGAUAGAGCUGAUCGUUCAAGAAAAUGAGUUGAGAUACUUCAACAUUGACCCCAACAUGACUCAAGCGUCUGGGAAAUGUGGCUCCCAAAAAUCCAGCCUUCUCCUGAAUUUCCAGGGUGGAUCUGUGAAUGUCACAUUCAUCAAGGAAGAAAACUCAUAUUAUAUCAGUGAGGUGGGAGCCUAUCUGACCAUCUCAAAUACAGAGAAGACCUACCAGGGAAUGAAACGUACUAUGAUGUUUGAGACAGUGAUUGGGCAUUCCUUCAAAUGUGUGAAUGAACAAAGCAUCCAGCUAUCAGCCCAGCUUCUAAUGAAAACAACGAAUAUCCAACUUCAAGCCUUUGACUUUGAAGGAGACUGCUUUGGAAAUGUGGACGAGUGUUUAUCCGACUACACGGUUGUGCUUCCUGUGAUCGCAGCCGUUGUGGCUGGCCUCUGUGUUGUGGGCCUGGGCAUCUAUAAAAUCCGCCAUCAGUCAUCUGGAUACCAGAGAAUCUAGGUGGUGACCAAAAGGAAAGGCUGUAACGGAGUUCAGAGAACCCUUUCAUUGUUUCCAGAAUGUUCAUUGGAGGCUUCCCUGUUUCCUACCUGCUACUAAAACCAUUGAGCCCUUUGUGGUUCACAAUAAAGCAGCACAUCAAUUUCUGAAUAUUUUUGCUCAGCUCAUGAAAGACUUAGGGAGAUAUUUGCCAGUAUUUUCUAUUUUUCUUCGAAACAUUUUAACAGCUCAAAAUGAAGACUUGAGAAACAUCAAAAUUAAUACAACAUGUAUAAAAUGGCAUGUAUUUCCAAAUUAUAAUCCAAAACACUUAAUUGUAAUUAAACUUACUUGUGUUUUCAUUGAGAAAUUCAUUUUGCCCUUGAUUUUUUCCACUUUUAAAAAAUGCUUUUGAUGGACUUUCAACAGACAAUGGUAUCCAUGAAGUAGCCACAGACAGAAGACAAGUUGAGAGCUCCACUUCUAGCCAAACGACUGGCCUCUUUGGAUGAUUAGAAAUGUCCUCUUUUGAAAACAAGAAGCUUAUUUACUUUAUUCCCUUUUAUGAAAGCAGAUUUUGUUUUUUU